GAAAUUAUAUAAAAUAAUAAUUGAUACGUAGUGCUAUGAAACUAUUUUAAACUUCAUCCAUGAUGCCGCCAACAGUAUCGUAUUAUGAGAAAUCAGAACCUGUAGUCCCAAACAAGAAAUACCGAUAAUUCGUUCUUGAACGAGAAAGUAAAAAUCACCCCGAAUGCAGUACAUUUUGCGUAACUUGUACUUUCUUUGUAGAAAAUCUACACCAAGUGCAUGCAACAAUAUUUUAAUUAAUAAACAAUCUUUUCGAGGAUUCUCUGUCACCGCUAGGUUAACUGAUUUUAGUAAGUGGGGUACGAACAAGAAAAAUCGAAAAGUGAAAAUACAAAUUUUCCCGGAUAUGUCUGAUCCAAAGAUUGAAGAGAUCUUGUCUCCUCUUCGGGACAGUGUUAAAGCACAAGGUGACUAUGUACGUAAGCUCAAGUCAGAUGGAGCUCCAGAAUUGGAUAUUAAGAAAGCAGUUGCAGAACUUAAACUUCGUAAGAAGUUGUUGGAAGACAAGGAGUUAUCUCUUUCAGAAACAACAGUAUUUGAUAAAGCGAGAAUGGAAGAUCUCUUAAAGCGUAGAUUUUUCUAUGAUCAAUCUUUUGCAAUUUAUGGCGGAAUUACUGGCCAAUUUGAUUUUGGCCCAAUGGGUUGUGCAUUAAAAACGAAUUUAUUAAACGUUUGGAGAAAUUUCUUUGUAUUGGAAGAACAAAUGUUAGAAGUUGAUUGUUCUAUGUUAACGCCAGAACCUGUACUUAAAGCAUCUGGACAUGUUGAAAGAUUUGCAGAUUUAAUGGUUAAAGAUACGAAAACUGGAGAAUGUUUUAGACUAGAUCAUUUAAUUAAAUCACAUUUAGAAAAAGUUAUUAGCGAUAAAAAAACUGAUGAAAACACACGUGCAGAAUGUAGAGAUAUUAUUAUUAAGUUAGAUGGUAUGACUAAAGAUGAAAUGGCUGCGAUCAUAUCUAAAUUUAAAAUAAAAUCUCCACUUUCUGGAAAUGAGCUAACAGAGCCAAUAGAGUUUAACUUGAUGUUUGCAACUCAAAUUGGGCCCUCUGGUCUUGUAAAAGGAUUUUUAAGGCCAGAAACUGCUCAAGGCAUUUUUGUAAAUUUCAAGAGAUUACUUGCAUUUAAUCAAGAAAAGUUGCCAUUUGCUGCAGCACAGAUUGGAAAUGCAUUUCGAAAUGAAAUAUCCCCAAGAUCUGGUCUAAUAAGAGUGAGAGAAUUCACAAUGGCAGAGAUAGAACAUUUUUGUGAUCCUAGUGACAAAAGUCAUCCCAAAUUUGAAACAGUUCGAGAUUUAAGCGUGCUUUUGUAUUCUGCUUGCAAUCAAAUGGAUGGAAAAAGUGCACAACAUAUAACUUUAGGCGAUGCAGUCUUAACAAAACUUAUAGCUAAUGAAACUUUAGGAUAUUUUAUGGGUAGGAUCUAUCAGUUUCUAGUUAAAGUUGGAAUUGAUAAAAAGAAAUUACGUUUCCGUCAACAUAUGGGAAAUGAAAUGGCUCAUUAUGCAUGUGACUGUUGGGAUGCAGAGUGUUUAACUUCUUAUGGCUGGAUCGAGUGCGUUGGUUGUGCAGACCGCUCCGCCUACGAUCUUACUCAACAUACAAAAGCAACUGGUGUAAAAUUAGUAGCAGAGAAAAAAUUGUCAGCACCAAAAAAUGUUGAUGUAUGUGAAAUAGUACCAAAUAAAGUUCUGAUUGGAAAAACGUUCAAAAAAGAUAGUAAAUUAGUUCAAGAUGCAUUAUCAGAAUUAAACGAGAAUAGUAUUAAUAUUAUGGAAACUGAACUUAACGAAAAUGGAGAAUAUAAUUUAAAACUUUCUAAUGAUACAGAAGUAAAAAUUACAAAAGAUAUGAUUCAAGUAAAGCGAUAUAAAAAAACUGUACAUGUAGAAGAGAUCAUUCCAUCUGUAAUUGAACCAUCUUUUGGUAUUGGUCGAAUUAUGUAUGCUAUUUUUGAGCAUAACUUUAGAACAAGGGAAGGAGAUGAAAAACGAACUUAUCUUAGUUUACCACCAGUUGUGGCUCCUCUGAAGUGUUCAGUAUUACCACUUAGUAGUAAUGAGGAAUUUAUGCCAUAUGUAAAACAAUUAUCUCAGAAUCUCACGAAAGUAGAUAUUUCGCAUAAGGUAGAUGAUUCUUCUGGCAGCAUUGGACGCAGAUAUGCCCGAACGGACGAAAUUGCAAUACCAUUUGGUAUAACUAUAGAUUUUGAUACACUGAAAAUGCCUCAUAGUGCUACACUUCGUGAACGUGACAGUAUGGGCCAAGUCAGAAUAAAUUUGGAUGAACUUCCAAAUGUAGUAAGGGAUUUGGCUAAUGGAAAAAUUACAUGGGCAGAAGUUGAGGCAAAGUAUCCUAAGUUUGAACAACAAGAAUCAACAGAAUCAUAGUAAUAUAUUUAAAAAAUUUAUAGAGUAAUUUAUUUAUAAUAUAAAAAUGUGAAUGAAUUGCUAUAAUAGCAAUGUUUA